GAACCAGAAUACAAUGAGGUGGCAGGAGAUAUAUCAAUAUUUGCACAAACAAGUACAAUUAUACCUACAUCUGUUUGUUCUGCUAGAUGCAAUCCUGGUUAUUUCAAGCAAAAGCAAAAGGAGAAACAACCUUGUUGCUAUGACUGUAUCAUAUGUCCUGAAGGAAAAUUGUCAGGCAAGAUUGAUGCUGACUAUUGUAUAGGAUGCCCAGAAGAUCAAUAUGCAAGCAAAGACAAAACUGCAUGUAUUGCUAAGACAAUAACUUCCUUGACUUAUGAAGAACCUUUAGGCCUUGCUUUUACUAUUGUGGCCCUCUUCUUUUUUUUAUUCACAGCUGUAAUUUUUGGAAUAUUUUUGAAACAUCACCACACCCCCAUUGUCAAAGCAAACAACCGAGAUCUCACCUACAUUCUUCUAAUUUCUCUCCAGCUCUGCUUCCUUUGUGCAUUGCAAUUCCUUUUUAGACCUGGGGCUAUAAUAUGCCUCUUUCGGCAAAUCACUUUUGGACUCAUCUUCUCAGUGGCUGUAUCAUGUGUCUUGGCCAAAACCAUCAUUGUGGUUUUAGCUUUCCUGGCCACCAAGCCAGGAUCCAGGAUGAAAAAGUGGAUAGGGAAACAAUUGUCAACCUCCAUUGUACUUUCCUGCUCUCUUCUCCAAGCAGUCAUUGGUAUAUUGUGGCUGGCAAAGGCCCCCCCCUUCCCAGAAGCUGAUAUGAUUUCAGUCACUGAAGAAAUUAUACUAGAAUGCAAUGAAGGCUCAGUGUGCAUGUUUUAUUGCAUCCUGGGCUAUAUGGGCUUCCUGGCGGUGGCCAGUUUUAUAGUGGCUUUUCUGGCCAGGAAACUCCCCAGCACUUUCAAUGAAGCCAAACUAAUCACUUUCAGCAUGUUGGUCUUUUGCAGUGUUUGGUUAGCUUUCAUUCCAGCCUAUUUGAGCACAAAAGGAAAAUAUGUGGUAGCUGUGGAGAUUUUUUCUAUCUUAGCCUCUAGUGCUGGGUUACUCAGUUGUAUAUUUUUCCCGAAAUGCUACAUAAUUCUCUUGAAACCUGAAUUAAACCACAGAGAACUACUCACACAGAGAAAACAUUAA